AUGACAGGCAAAAAUCGAUCUCGAAAGACACGCGAGCCAAAGAAGCGGCAUUCUCGGAAGCGAAAAGCGAGAGACGAAAUACCCGGAUCAGACCCUAUGUCGAUUGACACAACACCGGAGCCAAGUGAAAACCCGGUGAAUGCAGAAAAGAUUUUCUCCUUCUCAGUGAAAGCCCCAAAGUUUGGAGAAACAAUCGUGAUCACGGACGACACUGACUUUGCUUCGGAUGAUUAUGAUGGACGGAUCAAGAGGUGCGAGGAGCGAAUUAAGGCAGGAUAUGCAAAGUCAACAUUUGAGCAGCAGCUUAGAGAAAAUCACGCAGGAGAGCAACAAGGAUUGGGGUGUGUUUCAACGGUUGGCUGCUCUACGAACAAUCCAGGACAUUUGGAGAAAAUAGAAGACCCAGCUGGAAAGGUUCCAAAUGUCAUAGCAAUAAUUGCGGCGUAUCAAAGCCGCCAACUGGAGUGGGAUGGUCUUACUACGUACUGGGCUCAAGGGGAAAUGAUAGGUGGACCUUCGCCAUUUGCUUGGUCUGACUUUAGAAGACUUAAUACUCAAGAGAAUCGAGGCAAUGGAGGAUUUUGGGUAGAAGGAAUCUUGCAUCUUGGUCCUUCUCAACGUCAGCAUGCUAUGAGAUAUAACAGUACAACAAUUGUACCUGGUAGUAAUGGAAUGAUAGAGCUUGAUCUUGUCAUUCGCCUUGACCAGUCUUUGAGUAAUGAGAUUGCAGCUAACACUGACUAUUUGGGAGUCCCAUUUCCCCAACUCAGUCUCAAAUUCGAGGAUGAUACUGGUGCUGAUAUAAUGGCCAUUACUAACAUAGAUCAAACGGCAUCAAUGGGAAAUGACGCCGCAAUUUCCCUCGCACCUCUUCAUCGUCUUAUGGGCUAUCUCGUUGUUGGUCAAGCAGAUGGUAGUCAAAUAGUCUUCAAAACUAUCGCUGUGCAGGUUAACAUGGUAGGCAGGAACGAUAAUGGGGACCCUCAGUACAUGCUAGACACCUGGACAUCUGUAGCCUGCGUCGUUUAUGAUGACCCUCCACCCCCCGCUCCCCCCGUGUCGCACAGGUUAUGUGGCCCCUGGUUACGAUCCAUGUUUUAUGUGGCCAGCGCCCCAGAGUUCCCACCCCAUAUUUAUGCCGCUACAACCAAAUCUGCUUUGAUGGAAAGCAGCAUGCUGCGAGUGGUUCUUGCUUCUCGAAUCACUGAACCUGAAUGGCACCGUCCAAGGUACGGGGCAGGAUGGAAUUUCGAUACUACAACAGGGAAGUGGACCCCUCACCCGAUCGAGGGGCCCGGAAGAAUACCACCCCAUACCGAAAGGUAUGAUGAUGUUGAUUAG